AUGGAGUUCUCCGGGACUGACCCCUUUAACUUGCCUACGCCUUUGCCUUCGAUCUUAGUUGUAUUCUGGUGGAUGAAUAUAGCUAUCAUCUUCCCCAUCUCCGAUUCAAAAUCUGCCAUUGUUCGACCGACAGCUUCCUGGUCCGCCAACGCCACAACUCCACGAUGGCAGACCGUUGACUCAUAUCCAACACCGGCCCUCUAUCAUUGCCUGUACCUGCUAUUCUCACUUCUCACCGCCGCGGUGUUGGUCCCCAUUCUAGACUACACUGCCGUAAAUGCAAAUGCAAAUGCCAAUGCAACUCCCGAUACAAUCUCCCAUUGUUCGAAGGUCAGCUGGGCCAACGCUUCGAUCGCCAGCGCUGCGAGUGACAAUCUAACAUGA